AGGCGACACACAUGGGAAGCACAGCACGGCUAUGGUGGACAGAAUGCGGCAUUUUACCAACUAAUAUAAAUUAACCACAGCCAGAAAAUGCAUUUUUUCUACAGAAUUCUCACACUGCUUAUUGUAGCGGUCUUACUUUACUUGUGGACAAGAAUAAUUCACGUGAUCUCUAACCAGCAAACAGCUAUUCUCACUAAAAUGAAAAACCAUAAAGAAGAGCCAAAUGUGUCCAUCAACACCUCAGACAAAUUCUUAUAUGUCCAACAGCUGCGUAAAAAAAGGCUAAGGGAAUUUUGUCCCCAACACCCGGAACUCAGUCGUUUGGAAUCCGUACAUGGAGUGGAGGAUCUUCUCUCUAGAAUGAUAGUGAAUGAAAAGCUACAAAUAGUGUAUUGUAAGGCUGGAACCUCCGGAAUGGAUCUUUGGGAAAAUCUCCUGCAAAAGAUUAAGAGAAGAGAUGAUGUAACAAUAGAGACACCAGUCAUUGACAAUAACGUCCUCAACUCAUCAUUGGCUUCCAAGCAACAAACCAGUUACAACUUGACAAUGGUGGAAAACAUCUUCCGAACUUACACAAAAGUAGUUUUUGUCAGAGAGCCUUUUGAAAGGCUUGUUUCUGUCUACAGUCAAGGCUUCGCAGGUGAGAUGACAUUCAGUGAGCUUUUAGAAGAUGUUCUCGACACAGAUUUCACAAUAGAUGAUGACAUGUUUAGACCAAUCGUCACUUUGUGCCACCCUUGCUUUGUCAAAUAUGAUUACAUAGUAAUGCACGACUUUUUAAGAACAGAGGUUUUCUACCUAAUGAAACGAAUAGGCCUACCGGAUUAUAUACUGCAGCCAGAGUUUUCAGACACACAGUCCAAAAUGACCCAUAAAUGGCUAAUGGAAAAUCUGUUUAGGGGGCUGACAAGACAGCAAAUAAAGCAGCUUGCCAAAGUUUACAGCCUGGAUAUUGAAGCUUUCAAUUUUCAUAAGAGUUUGCUUUUGAAGAAUUACAUUGGGAGAUUUGGAUAAUAGAUUGUUACAGUCAACAAAGCCCCCAUUGACCAUAAAUGUACAGUGGGAUUGAUAUGCUGCUACACAUCAUACAGACAUUAGGCCAAAUUAUGUUGUCCCUUAGACGGACACAUAUUAACACUUUGUGUUUCCAAACAGUUAUCUCAAGCAAUGACUUCCAUUGGGAAGCCGUAGAUUAAUCAUGUCGAAAGAUCAGUUCCGUAUCAUCACAAACCCCUUCAUGGCAACAGUUAACCAUCACUGUCUUAGAGGACCGUUGACCAACUACUCAUCCACAAGUCCGAUGAGAACCUAAAGCAUAUCUGUACGGACCAAAUGCUGAACAAAAUAUGAAUUCAACAUAUUUAGUAUUAUAAGUGAAGGGCCCUACUUGCUCUUGUAUAAGUGCCUUGUUGUCAUUAUAUGAUAUUUAAAGUGUUACUCUAACAUCAUAACCACUACAAUAAAAGAUACAAUAUGGUGUAGAGCUUAAAAUCGCACCUCAAUUACAAAGUGCUGAAACAUAAAGUUCUUAAAUUAGUGCUUAAUCUUAAAAAAGUGUUCAGCACAACCAAAAUUGGACAUACAUGGAUUGGAUCAUAUAUCAAAAUAAAUCUCAGGGCAGAUGUAAGAACAUAAUUCACUAUUGUUUAAAUUUGUGCAAACCACCGCAAAAUAUCAAUAAAAAAACAUUUGUUUAUUAGUACCAGUGACUCACAAAUGUCACCUUCAAUGUACUAUUGCAUAACAC